CACAGAGAGAGAGAGAGAGAAUGUCGGUAAUACUGGUGGUAGGAUCGCCAGGCUCUGGGAAGACGGCCCUAGUUCAAGCUCUGGUAGACUCCCUACCACGAUGCAGCAACGCAGAGCAGCAGCAACAUCCUGUUUCCCCAGCAGGAAAUGAAGGCCAACAGGAAGCCUCGCCACCAGCGGUGAUGGUGAUGCCAGACAGCCAAGUGUUACUGGAACAGGCAAACGCAAAGUUCGACGUGUUCCCGGCCUCCAUCACGACCAAGUACUACAAUGCGCAGAUCAGCUUCUGGCGGCAGGCGCAAGCAGCCGUGCCCAUCCUGGCGUUGCGAUCCGCGGAGCAGCUUGAGGGGCUGGAAGGCAUAAUCGUACUCUUCGACUUGCGACAGGAAUCUGGUUUUGACGAGGCGUCUCAGUGGGCAGCUCUCAUGGAAGAUAGGGAGGAAUGCGCCUUUCGAGUUUGCGUGGGAAGCAAGCUCGAUUUGUUACCGCAAGACCCAGGAGACGGUGCCGGCUUUGGGACAGGAGCGGAAACCACUCUGGAGCCUGCGGAGAGCGGCUUGGAAGGCGAUGCUGCUGCUGCUGCUGCUGCUGCUGCUGCUGCUGCUGAGGGUCUGCGGGAGAGACGGAGGCGUUGCCUGGGGUGGUGUCUGGACCACGGCUUCGAGUAUGUGGAGGCUGACUGCAGGGACUCGAACACAGGCGGAGAGCUAAGAGAGAAGGAAGGCGUCCCUCGCAUCGUGGAGGCUCUCCAGUCCAACGUUUGGACGGACAUGGAGUUCCUCUCGAGCAAUCGACCCUCUCUGAUGGCAGCGGUAGCAACGGCAGCAGUAGGGGGCUCUAGAAACGACGGCGCCGUCGGUGACGUCGGCAACGUCGGCGGGACCGGUUCCGUUUCGGAGUCAAGCGGCGGAGAGGAUGGAACCGCCGCAGCCUUGUCGUCUACGGCUGGUGCGGAUGGAGGGCAUGAAGUGAGCGAGUACCUCCACGGCUUCGUAGACGUCGAUGACGAGGGCGGGAAGUACGCAGGGUACGGUGCCCUGGACAGUGGUGACGAAGAAGAGGGCGGUGAUGGCGAUGGCCAGGUAGCAGGAGAGUGGUCAAGAGGAGGCGUCGAGGAGGGAGGUGCGGGGGCUCCGCGAGAGGGAGGGGACGGGGUCGUUGUUGACCCCUCCCAUAUCGAGCUGCAGGCACGGUGGGAACAACAAGACCACUCCAGCUCGUCGUUGCCGGAUGCCGGUGACGCCACCAACGCCGCCACCGCCGCCCUCCCGUCAGAACAACAGUCGGGACGUAGUUGCAACGACCAGCAGGGUGCGGCGGCACCCGAGCGAGACACGGCCCCCUCGCAUGACGGAAGGAAAAAGAACGCCGAAAUGUUUCCUUCGAAACCCGGGGACAGCGCGGCGAACACGCCUACUGGCGGUACCACCGCCCCCGGGGGGUCCUGCGCGGGGCAGAGCGACGGUGGUAACGGCGAGGGCGGGAGUUGUAGACGGGCUGGCGCCGCGGCGGCAGGAGAGGGGACAGGGGACGGGGAGGCAGCCUCGAAGGAGUCGGAGGAGUACCUGCUUGAGGCUGCGGGGUCGAUGGUGGGGGGGAUUGGGGGCGAUUUGGAGGGGGACGAGAUGGAGCAGCUUAUGGGCGAGGUUCGAAAAGCCAGGGAGCUGGGGGGUAGUGUGUCGGAUGAGGAACGGCGGUCGCGGGCGGCGAACGUGGCGAUGAGGCUGGCGGCUUUGCUCGGCGACCUCGGGGAUCACUCCGGGGAGGAUGACAGCGACAAGGAGAGAUGAUUGGAAGCGCUUUUGAUGGUGGGGUGAUGAGUUGUUUUUAAGCGCCCGUCGUACAAUACGUUUUCGAGCAUCCGUCUCAACACGAAGGGAUGACGAGGAGAGAUAGGUGCGAUGAAACGUUUUGGUGCAUGGGUCCGAAUCAUGAAGGGAUAACGAUGAGAGAUGGGUGUAGGUUGCUGGUUGAGGGGUGAUGAAUUUUUUUUAAGAUGUCCGUCUCAUCAUGAAGGGAUGGCAAGGAGUGGUAGCUGUAAGUUGCUGAUGAUGGGUUGAUGAGGCGUUUUCAAGCACCCGUCCCAUAAUGGUGGGAUGGCAAGGAGAGGUAGCUGUAACUUGCUGACGAUGAGGUCAUGAGAAGUUUCAAAGCAACCGUCCCAUCGUGAAGAGGCCAUAAACGAUCGCUUGGGAGUUAGAGUUUGUGAGACGUCUCUUUCGUGGAACAAGAACGAUUCGCCGUUAUGUGUUCGGGAGGAAGGGGCGGGCGAUGGCGUUCCGCGACACUCGAUUCAAGAUCCUCGUAAUACCGUGGGCUCUGUCGGUAAACACCGGCUGACUUUAGUUGGUGGAUGUCUUUCGUGGUUUUCGGCGGUUGGAUUUUGGUGACAAACUCUGCUGGCACGUUUGGGGGACGCAUGUGCACCGCCAUCUUUCCGGGACGUUAUCCCCACCAUCCCAUUCCAGAUGUGUUUGUGGCAUCCCACAAGGGCCGGGUAGUGUUUGGGUGGUUGUGUUGAUGGCAGUUUCGGAAAGCUGGGGGUGAUUAGCUCCGAGGUGCGCGGUGACCCCGGAGUUGGUGCAAGAAAAACAACGAUCCGAAAUCGUUUACCAUGGAAGCUGCGUAUUCCAUGACAGCUAUGAU